GGCGGGGCGUCGCGGAGAUCAGCUGACCCAGGCGGGCUACGGACCUUGAAGCUGAGUCCGGUUGUGGAUCCUCAUUUGACUGGGCGGGGGCCUUGCGGCGCUUGCCCCAGCGGCUGCCCUGUCAUUAUCCCUCGGAACCGGCAGAGUCACCGGAAGGAGUUAGAGCCUUGGUUUGGAGGCCUAGAGUGGGUAGGAUCCCGGAGCCAAUGCGGGAUCUCCUGACACAUUCUCCCCAGGUCUGCAGGUACAAGGAACUAGGAGGACUCCUUUCUUCCUGAUCCUUCCACCAGCCAUACUCUGGUGUGGGUUGUGGCUUCCUUGCAGGACGAGCCUUUGACAGCCUCUGAACUGUGUCCACACACCUCCUCCUUCUUCUCUGCUGGGACCCUCCCUCUGCAGCCAUGGUCUGGAGGACGCUGGGCACAAGCAACUUUUCCCUCUGUCCCAACGGCUCCAUCCAGUGGAUCUGGGAUGUGUUUGGUGAAUGUGCUCAGGAUGGCUGGGAUGAGGCCAGCGUGGGCCUGGGCCUGGUCUCCAUUCUAUGCUUUGCUGCGUCUACCUUCCCCCAGUACAUCAAGGCCUGCAAGACAGGGAACAUGGACCAGGCCCUGUCCUUUUGGUUCCUCCUGGGCUGGAUCGGCGGAGACUCCUGCAACCUCAUCGGCUCCUUCCUUGCAGACCAGCUACCCCUGCAGACCUACACGGCUGUGUAUUACGUCUUGGCUGACCUCGUGAUGCUGACCCUGUACUUCCAUUACAAGUUCAAGAACCGGCCUUCUCCAUUGUCUACCCCUAUCAAUUCUGUGCUCUUGUUCAUCUUGGGGACGGUGUGUAUCACACCACUGUUAAGCAUCGCUGAUCCUGUGGCUCUCCCCAGGGCAGGCUUCCGGGGACGGAUGCUCUUGUCUGUGGAGUCUGGCAAUAAGCCGUUCACAAAGAAGGAGGUCAUCGGCUUUGUCAUUGGCUCCAUCUCCAGCGUGCUGUACCUGCUCUCAAGGCUGCCUCAGAUCCGCACCAAUUUCCUACGGCAGUCGACCCAGGGCGUUUCCUAUUCACUGUUUGCAUUGGUGAUGCUGGGGAACAUGCUGUACGGGCUGAGCGUGCUGUUCAAGAACCCUGAGGCAGGCCAGAGCGAGGGCAGCUACCUGCUGCACCACCUGCCCUGGCUCGUGGGCAGCCUGGGUGUGCUGCUGCUCGACACCGUUAUCUCGGUCCAGUUCCUGGUGUACAGGAGCCACACCACUACUGCCACCUCAGAGCAAGAGCCUCUCCUCCCAAGUUGACCUGUGCCCUAGAUGACGGGAACUUCAGCUGCCAUCCCAGGAAGAGCGAAGUGUGGGCAGUGAUGCUGCUGCCCCUGGACUGGGCCUAGGAGGCGGCCUGAGGGAGGCCUGGAACUCUGGGCCUGGUUGCCUCCCCUCCAUGCCUGGCCUUUAGACAGGUCUGCAGUUGGAUCAUGCUGUGCCGGGACAUACCUCUCAGGUAUGACAGCUGCUCGAGGAGCCUGCAGGGGACCCAUAGCAGAGGCCCCAGAAGAUGGUGUGGCCACCUCCCAUCCACCUACCUCAGUCUGCCUGUGUACCCCAGGCUACAUCAUAUCCAGGGGACCCAGGGUUGUCCCUCUGACUGGCUACAACCUAGUAAAUGAUACCUUUCAGCUGGA